CAUAUAGGCAAUUGUAAACUAUAAUAAACUUCUGUCUUGUUCUGUGUUAAAAGAAGAUUAAAUAAAUUCAUAAUAAUUGCAAUUAUUUUGGAGAUUUCUGUGUUAUGUUCAGUAAUAAAAUAUCUCAAGAGUGUAUUUAUUCAUCGUCCAUCAACUUCCUGCAGACAGUGUGAUAUGAAAACAUUUUUUUACAUAUUUAUUUAAAGCGUAGUGCUGCGUAUAGCAGAACCAAAUUGUUUAUUUUAUCGUUAUGUUUUAUUAGAAAAGUCCAUUAAAACAUUAUAAUGGAUAAUAUAGUAUCAUGGAGUGCGGAAGAUGAGGCAAUUAUCGCAACUAACACCGACGCCACAGAAUGCAAGAGAUGCGCAGUGGAGCUAGGCUACUGGAAGGACGACUAUAUUCCGUAUUUCAUUAGGCACGUAGACAGAAAGGCACCUGAGAUAAAUCGUGGGUACUAUGCCAGAGUUCGAGCUAUGGAGAUGUUUAUACAUCAAUUUAUAGAGAGAUGUGGAACCAAAUGUCAAAUUAUCAACUUAGGCUGUGGAUUCGAUACUCUGUUUUGGAGGCUGAAGGAUUCCACCCAGGCUGUAGGCAACUUUAUUGAGCUUGAUUUUCCAGCAGUUACAUCAAAAAAAUGUCACAUAAUCAAAAGGAACAAGCAGCUGCUUGAGAAAAUAAGUAACGAAGACGGCGAGGUGAUGAUCCGCGAGGGCGACCUGCACUCGGACGGGUACCACCUGGUGGGCUGCGACCUGCGCUGCCUGGGCGAGGUGCGGCGCAAGCUGGAGGCGGCGGGCGCGGGCGAGGGCGCGGGCGCGCCGCCCACGCUGGUGCUGGCCGAGUGCGUGCUGGUGUACCUGCGGCCCGAGGCGGCGGACGCGCUGCUGCGCCACCUGGCGGCCGCGUUCCCGCGCAGCGCGCUGCUGGUGUACGAGCAGUGCAACCUGGGCGACAAGUUCGGCGAGGUGAUGGUGCGCAACCUGAGCGCGCGCGGCGUGGCGCUGGCGGGCGCGGCGGGCCCGCCGGCGGCGCAGGCGGCGCGGCUGCGCGCGCUCGGCUUCGACGCGGCGCGCUGCUGGGACAUGCACGCCGUGUGGCGCGCGCUGCCCGACGACGACCGCGCGCGCGUCGAGGCGCUCGAGAUGCUGGACGAGCGCGAGCUGCUGCUGCAGCUCAACUCGCACUACGCGCUCGCCGUCGCCACGCGCUCCGACAUCUUCGCCGACAUGGACCUCAACGCGUAGCCGUCCGCCCGCCCACCCGCCCGCCCGCCCGCACACUCUACCAUAUUUCAACAACCUCACCUAGCAACCUACAGAUUACUCUUGCAAUAGUUCGCGUUAUAUUAUACUUAAAUAAAAGUAAACAUUUGUAAUAAAUAUAGUAGUGUCUGUAGAAUCCCAUACCUCUGUACCUAUUCUAUAGAAAGUUAAGUACCUUCUUUGAGGAACCACUUUAUGAUAACAUUCUUCUUGUCUGUAAGGAUUUUCUCGUAGGCGGUUGGCUAGCGAACGGUAUCAAUCGUUAGACAUUUAAAGCAGCGUCUAUAAUCCUUAAUUUAACAGUUUUUAUUUCGGCACAUCUCAAUUUUGCAGAUUUUAAAGUUUGAGAGCGAUCGUGAUCGUGCCCUCGUGUAAUGUUUAUAUUUUUUUCAAGCGUUUAUCUAAUCUGUAUUGUAUAAUUACAAAUAAGUAAUGCAAAUGAAACCUUUUGAUGUGGUGUACUUAUAAUAUUAUGUUGAAUAAAUUAUAUCAAGAGUUAUUUAUGUGAUAAA